AGAUGAUUCACUCCUCCCUCAGGGCGUACGCGGCAAGCGGCGGCUGGAGCAAGCCCAGCCCCGUGCAGAUCACGUGGGUGAGGCAACUGCGCGAACUCGCCGACGACAUCGAGGACUGCCACCUCGACUUCACUAUUCUCCGGGGGGUCGACCUCGCCGCCCGCUACCGCGUCGCCAAGCGCGUCCGGCACCUCCAGGACACGGUCAAGGACCUCCACAAGCGCCGCGCCUUCGCGGCCGACCAUGGCCUUCCGGCGCAAGAGCCGCACGAGGAUGACGACGAAUACCUGCGUCGUCCCGUGCUCCCGGAUGAGCGGCGCCAGGGCCAGAUCAUCGGCCGGGACGACGACAAGAAAGCCCUGGCCAAGCUGGUCCGGAAAGGUGCGAGCAGGGUGGUGUGGGUGUGGGGCACGGCCGGUGUGGGCAAAUCGUCCCUGGCGAGGAUGCUAUACGAGGACCCGGACGUCGUCCGUCGCUUCGACUGCCGCGCCUGGGUGACCGUGCCGCACAGGCUGGAGAGCCCCGCCGAGUUCGGGCGGCUGCUCGAGAAGCAGCUCGGCGUGGGCGUCGACGACCGUGGUGGCGUCUCUGCGUGGCUCCGGGAGAAGGGUUAA